AUGGAAGUUUGUAGCAAGGACGACAGCGAACACCGACUAUUGAUUGAUGGAAAGGUGAAAUACACCACUAUUUCUCCGCACACAUAUGACAGAAGCACUCUCUCUGCUCCUCUGCAAUCGCUACCGGCCCUACCAAAGGCCAAAGAAUGGAACACGGCAUAUAUCAGCCGAGACCCAUCCACCUCUGAACUGGAGACUAGAUUUUCGAACCGCGAGCUGGUCGGAGUGCAUGAAAUCUGGCAUCCCAAUUCCGUGGACUGCUUGACGUUAACCAGAGUCAAACAGCUUUCUGCAAAUGCUUCAGAGGUCACUGUUUCUGGGGACCGGGACCCCGAUGCUUCGACAUCUUUAAGCCCGCAAGCCACUGCAAUUCUCAAAAUCGCCCGAUUUGAAUGGGAAAUACCACGCAUCGUACAGGAGACCAGAGCUUACAGGCUACUAGAAGGGAGCGGAUUGGCCACACGGUUUCUCGGCCAUGUCUAUGAGCAUGGGCGAGUGAUUGGGCUCCUGGUGGAGAAAACCGAAGGGCGCGAGGCAUCGAUUGGAGACCUUCUACAGUUUCAUAAGCUUGGUUUGCUGCAUGGAGAUGUCAACAAGUACAAUUUCAUUAUUCACAGCGGGACUGCAAAGUUGAUUGAUUUCGAAAAUAGCAGGGCACAUCUGGAUGACUGCUCAGCUAUGCAGUCUGAACUCCUUGGAGACUCAACUGCAGGAAAAGACUGGGCGUGGUGGAGGAUUCAUGUCUAUAGAAAACCCAAGUUGAUUUUAUUGGCCGCAUAUACUCUUAGGUAUCUGCAGCUAUUUGUUCGGAAGAGGGCGCCAAGCUUCGUCCUUACUCCGAAUAUCCAUGCAGACAAAGAGAGAGGUAACAGAAUAAUGGCCAUUUCCCUCGUACUAGUCGGCAAUUCCAUCUUCGGCUACUUUCAAAGCUUCCUGCACUUCCUCUUGGGUGCCGUUAUCCGGCACUUCUAUUGUCGUCACGAUGGCAUGGGUUCCUUUGGAGUGCUUCUCCAUCCAGUUUUUUUCCACGAAAUGGGAAUUUUGUUUCAGGGUUCAGAGAUCCUCAUCAUGAUCAUCGAAAGGAAAAUGAUUGCUAAUGGCUUCCCGCUCCAGUUCAGUGGUAGAAUGCUCUAG